AUGCCCUCCGUAGCUGUGGUGCACCCCGCAGCUGCGGUGCACCCCGCAGCUGUGGUGCCCCCCGCAGCUGUGAUGCCCCCCGCAGCUGUGAUGCCCUCCGUAGCUGUGGUGCACCCCGCAGCUGCGGUGCACCCCGCAGCUGUGGUGCCCCCCGCAACUGUGGUGCCCCCCGCAGCUGUGAUGCCCCCCGCAGCUGUGAUGCCCCCCGCAACUGUGGUGCCCCCCGCAGCUGUGAUGCCCCCCGCAGCUGUGAUGCCCUCCGUAGCUGUGGUGCCCCCCGCAACUGUGGUGCCCCCCGCAGCUGUGAUGCCCUCCGCAGCUGUGAUGCCCUCCGUAGCUGUGGUGCACCCCGCAGCUGCGGUGCACCCCGCAGCUGUGGUGCCCCCCGCAGCUGUGAUGCCCCCCGCAGCUGUGAUGCCCUCCGUAGCUGUGGUGCCCCCCGCAACUGUGGUGCCCCCCGCAACUGUGGUGCCCCCCGCAGCUGUGAUGCCCCCCGCAGCUGUGAUGCCCCCCGCAGCUGCGGUGCACUCCGCAGCUGUGGUGCCCCCCGCGGCCUUGAUGCCCCCCGCAGCUGUGAUGCCCUCCGUAGCUGUGGUGCCCCCCGCAACUGUGGUGCCCCCCGCAGCUGUGAUGCCCCCUGCAGCUGUGAUGCCCCCCGCAGCUGCGGUGCACCCCGCAGCUGUGGUGCCCCCCGCAGCUGUGAUGCCCCCCGCAGCUGUGAUGCCCUCCGUAGCUGUGGUGCCCCCCGCAACUGUGGUGCCCCCCGCAGCUGUGGUGCCCCCCGCAGCUGUGAUGCCCCCCGCAGCUGUGAUGCCCCCCGCAGCUGCAGUGCCCCACGAAGCUGUGCGCCCCGCAGCCGCGGCCUCCUUUGCAUCGGCCAGGGACGAGCGUGCCAGCUCCUCAGCUGGGUCCCAAAAGGUGCCUGCCCGUGGCGAAGGGCACUUUGGUGUGCUGGAGGGCACAAUGGGCGCCGAGCAAGACGUCCGUCUUGGAUACCUGAGGCGCGGCUAG